AUGGCUUCAAGUUCUAUCGAGCUAGUUCAGCUGCCGGAUCAGCGGAAAGAACCGACGGAAUUGAACUUGCAAAACAUUGAGACUAGUCCUCUGGAAGAUACCCCGCCUAAUGGAGGACACGGCUGGAUUUGUACUUUUUGUGUGUUCAUGAUAAUUGUACAUACCUGGGGCAUCAACAGUGCUUGGGGUGUCAUUCUCGAUCACUUCCUCACCAACUCCACUUUUCCGAACGCGACUCGGAUCGACUAUGCAUUCAUUGGGGGCUUGUCUAUCUCCCAGGCGCUCCUUAUCGGACCACUUGUGCACAAGGCGCAAAGUAUCAUCGGAGUCAAGAUACCGUUACUUCUGGGAACUGUGCUAGUAUCCGGGUCUAUGCUCGGAGCUUCCUAUGCAACUGAGAUCUGGCAUCUCUUUCUUACCCAAGGAAUCUGCUUUGGAUUUGGAAUGGGACUCCUCUAUAUCCCAUCUAUGUCUGUGUUGCCGCAUUGGUUUUCAAGUCGCAGAAGUCUUGCCAUGGGGAUCGCGGCUUCAGGUGCCGGGAUUGGCGGCAUUCUUUACAAUCUUGCUACAAGCUAUAUCAUUGAACAUCUCGGAUGGCGCACUGCGUACAAGAUCCUGGCAGCUUGUGCCUUGGGAGCCAACCUUGUGUCUUCUUUGCUCCUUAAAACACGAAAAACCCAGUCCAUCCAACAAACUCAGACCAUUGUACUUGAUGAUUUGAAGCGCCCUGAAGUCCUUUUCGUGAUAUUUUGGGGAAUGACAACGGAGUUCGGAUAUAUCGCCCUGUUUUAUUCAUUGCCCAACUAUGCCACUUCUAUUGGCCUGACGGCCAACCAGGGAUCUGUCGCCGGUGCAAUGCUAAAUGUAGGCAUGACCAUUGCCCGUCCACUUGUGGGCUAUAUCAGCGAUAAAUUCGGCAGAAUUACCGUUCCUGCUCUCCUGACAGCGUUCUGCAGCGUGGUGUGCCUGGCCAUCUGGAUACCUGCAAAGUCUUAUGCGGUCUUGCUAGUGUUUGCCCUUUUGUCUGGAAUGGUAUGUGGCACUUUUUGGGCGACUAUUACACCUGUUUUGGCUGAGGUUGUUGGUCUGGGGCGCAUGUCACGCACCUUUGCUAUAACUUGCUUAGCUUUGGUAAUUCCCACUACUGUUGCGGAACCAGUUGCCCUCAGCCUAGUCCAGCAAUCUGGAUAUCUCCAUACGCAAAUAUUUGUUGGAUGUAUGUUUCUGUUGGGAUCAUGGGGUCUUUGGACCCUGCGUUGUUGGAAAUGCUUUGACAUUGAAAGAAAAGCGUGCUAUGAAAGGGGGCUCGGUGCCGGCAGAUCGUCCACAUUUCUCGGGUUUAUCAAUUGGAUAGGAUUUGAGAAGAUUUUCAUGACAGGUCGAGUAUGA